CACACACACACACUUGAGCUGUAAAACUUGAAGUUUUCCAGCUAAGUUUCCAGUCGCCUGGAUGAGCAGCAGCAUGUUUGCGUCUCCCUCCUGGAUCUUGUGCGUCGCCUGGAUCUCCUGCCUCUCCAGCUCAGCCUCCUGCAGACGAGGCAGAGGACAUGGAGGCUAUCCUGACCCAGUCAUCUUCAAUGAGCUCUGCGCCCUGAAAGAUGAGCCUGGGCCAUGCAAGGCCAUCAAGGAUCGAUACUUCUUCAACGUUAACUCAGGAAGCUGCGAGCUGUUUGAGUAUGGAGGCUGUGGAGGGAACGCCAACAACUUCGAGACCUUUGAGGAAUGUGAGAAAGCGUGCGUCGUCUCAGACGACAAGAACCCGUGUCAUUUACCAGAGGCUCCGGGUCCCUGCCGAGGUCUGAUGAAACGCUUCUUCUUUGACAGCGAGAUUCAGCAGUGCAAGCAUUUCUAUUACGGCGGCUGCUUUGGCAAUGCCAACAACUUCAGGAGCAUGGACCAGUGCCAGAGGAGAUGUCAGAACCAAGAUGAACUUACAGCUGCUACAGAAGUCCAUGUGAUGUCUGUCAGGAAACCCAUCAUGGUCCAACCAACCAUUACAACAGAGGAGCUGACUGUGAGUGAACCUCAGGUGCAGCUAAAUGUCUCCAAUCAAAAACAAAAUGACUUCAGCCCCUCAGAGAUCUGCUUUAGCCCCAUUGAGACAGGAACAUGUAGUGGUGCAUUCAGGAGGUUCGCGUACAACCCCAAAACCAAGAGAUGCCAGACGUUUUCCUACAGUGGCUGUGGAGGAAACCAGAACAACUUCGAAUUCCGCAAAAUAUGCUACCACAAGUGCAUCAGAAGCAGAAAAGGUUACAGGAAGGGGAUGAUCCGAAUAAAGAUUAAAAACUUUGACAGCAUUGUGAACCCCUCAGUCUGAACACUCUGCCCUGCGGAGCUCCAGUGGUGGGCUGGAAUAUGUAUUUAUCUCUGUAUUAUAGUUUUAGCUCCAUGUGUUUUCUUUUGAAAUGUUUACAGCGUAUCAAGUCUUCAUCACAAGUUUUCUUCAGAAAAUGUUUCAGAAAAGACAAAAACAAAUUAAAAAAUAACAUUACCUAAAACUGCGGAGCAUAUAUUAAUGGACAUCUGAACUGUAGUCAUUGAAAACACUUUAGAUCUACUAUAAAGGAUUUAUUUCUAUUUAGUAAAACAGGUAUUCAUCUUCAGGUUGCAACCAGUUUUUUAAGAUAAGAGCCUAAUCUGAAAUUAUUCAUCGAUGAAAAACCUGAACAACGUCUGAACAAUCUGAUCAGUAGAGGAAGUUAAAAAGAAGAAUGUUUGCAAAUUUCAGCUCUGAAACACUAAAUUUGAUGAGCUUAUAAGACUUCACUCUGACGAAACAACUGAAUAAAGAUGAUUUUGGCUCCUUUGUCUUAAUUCUGUCUGUAUAGAAACACAUUCCAGUGCUCUGCCUUUAUAGCACCUGAAUUAUUCAUUUUAUCUCAGUUUCUGUUUUUUAAUCUCACUGCAGUUUGACACAAAGCUUUAAAGCUGCAGCAGUGUGUUUACUGAUUUCUCUUCUGCUUCAUAUUUACUGUCUGUGGAUAUCAGCUGCUGAUUCUUCAGUUACUGCUUACUAUAAAUUACAUAAUUUACUGAUUAAACCAACACAAAAACGUU